GACCAGUCCGAGAUCACCUACGAGGGCCGCCAGAAGAUGACGGCGCUCAGCUCCUGCUUCGCACAGCUUUGUCACAAGGCGCAGACCGUCUUCCAGAUCAACCACAAACUGGAGGGAAGAAUAUUGCCAUACUUCACCUGGUCUGGCAUACAUGUGAUUGACUGUUAACUGCCGUCUGAUGGCCUAGCAAGCCGUUCUGUUGUACCAACUGCUAGAAACUCUCAAUAAAGGAAUGAAACUGGAAAGACCACCGGGCAUGGACCCAGACACUGGAAAUGACGAUGGGCAAAUUUGGCGCUGGAAAUGACAAUGGGCAAAUUCAGCGCUGUCAACCCUGCAAAGUCCUUUUUUCUAACUUCUGGGGAUUAGUAGGAAAAUUGGCAAAAUCGUCUCUUGAAUUAGUCAAGCAACAGCCUCUCAACGGCAUUGUGGAUCUACUAGUAGCACAUGGGCUGCAGCAGUUCAAGAAGGCUGCUCACACCCAUCUUCUCAAGGGCAACUAGGAAUAGGCAAUUCAGGCAAUGAAACCCAUGUCCCACAUGGCUCAGCUGCUGGAUUUGAAAUCGGAGCUGAUCGACAGCCAAGCUGAGAAAGUUGUGUUAGAGAAAGAAGUACAUGAUCAACUUCUCCAGCUUCAUGCUGUCCAACUGCAGCUGCAUGCUAAGACUGGGCAGAAUGUUGACUCCAGCUCAAUCAAGGCUAAACUAGAGAAAGAAUUAGAAUCCAAUAAAAAAGAAAAAGUGAAGGAAGCAAAGCUGGAAGCUGAUGUGAAACUGCUGCGAAAAGAGAAUGAAGCAUUGCGUCGCCAUAUAGCAGUUCUACAAGCUGAGGUAUAUGGUGCAAGGCUGGCUGCUAAGUACCUUGAUAAAGAACUGGCAGGCAGAGUGCAACAAAUCCAGCUGUUGGGUCGAGACAUGAAAGGACCUGCUCACGACAAACUCUGGAACCAGUUGGAAGCAGAAAUACAUCUUCACAGACAUAAAACUGUUAUUAGGGCAUGUCGAGGGCGCAAUGACCCAAAACGACCUCUGCCCAUGCCGCCUGGGCACGAUCCAAAUAUCAUAAGGAAGUCCCAGGGUGUUGGGCCAAUUCGGAAAGUCCUGUUAGUCAAAGAGGAUCAUGAAGGACUUGGCAUAUCAAUUACAGGUGGCAAGGAGCAUGGAGUCCCAAUUCUAAUAUCAGAAAUCCACCCAGGUCAACCUGCUGAGCGAUGUGAUGGCCUGCAUGUUGGAGAUGCCAUACUAGCAGUUAAUGGAAUUGAUCUGAGAGAUGCCAAACACAAAGAAGCUGUUACUAUUCUCUCCCAGCAGAGAGGAGAGAUUGAGUUUGAAGUGGUGUAUGUUGCUCCAGAGAUAGACUCUGAUGAUGAAAAUGUUGAUUAUGAAGAUGAGACUGGGCAUCGAUAUCGCUUGUAUCUUGAUGAACUGGAAGAAAGCAGAAAUGCAGCUGUUGGCAGAAAUGAUGGCAGUGGUGAUGCCAAACCCCUAGCAGUGACAGAGCAGAAACCAGUUCUAGAUGCCAUCUUAAAUGGGGAUGCAGGAACAAGCAGUGAAACCGCUUCAGAAGAUGCAGCACCCAAACAAAAAGAUUGUGCAGAAUGCUCAUCUUAAGUUGUCCCUAUGUUACUUGAACAAUAAAGUGAUAUUUCUGCACUUGACUGCCAGUACCGAAGGAACAUCGUGUGAAUGUGAUCAACUGUGUAUACCUAUAUUGAAAAUAAUGUCUAUAAGGGAUCACCAUGAUUAUCUUCUGUGCCUAAGGAGUUCCAAAUACUGUAUACCAUAGAGUUGCAUUAUUAACGGUUCUGCAUGUAUGAAAAUAUUUAGAUGUUGUAUUAAUUAACCAUCACAAGUAAAUUGUUGGGUCUGUAUGUUCUGAUGUUACAGCUACCUUAAGUUUUGAAAUUAGUGGGAGAUUUGGCAUGUACUAGGUGCUAGUUUACUAGUUGGUGUCUUUUGGAGUAUUUUCAAACUACCAGUUGCACUUUGCCCUGGGGGUUCUUUUUGUGCACAAUAUCUGCAUAAAAAGCACUUUCACCUGUUACAGUUACAUUCUAUCAAUCUAUUCAGUGAUGUUGCUCCUAAAUUAAACCAUAGUCCUUUGGGGAAAAUUUGACAUUGCAUUUGCUCCUUGUUUUUCAUAUGUGAUUAAUCGGAAAAUCUAAUUUGUCUUCAAAUAUAUGCAGAACUGUUAAUUGGAUUUCCUAAUGGUACAAUAGAACUGUCUGCGCCCUUGGCCUUCUCCAUAGAGCAUAGUUGCAUUGUAUUAAAUGUUGCUGUUAAUGUAGACAGAAAUUUGCAGUUAACAAUUAGUUAAUAUUCUCAAAUAGUAAAAGUGUGAUAUCUUGUGUUUAAACUUUAUGAGACAGAAAUAAUGAGUCAAUGAGAUAUAGAUUGUUAGGUUAUAUAACUGAAUCUCAUUGGAAGACUAAUCUCUUGGAGUACAUUUCUUAAUCCAGCAGGAAGGAUUAUUUAAUGAUACCUUGACAGUUACUUUGUUGUAAGUACUCACUUCCUAUGUAUCUUCAAUCCAAAAUUGAAAUGCACUAUUUGUAACUAUCAGGUUAUCCUGUUAAGGGGAUAAAAUAGAACAUUUGGUAAAGUUAAGGUGACCUUGAUAUAUUUGAUAUAGUGUCACUUCUUCAGGUGCAUUGCAUCCUUGGAAGAGAAGCAUGUUGUAUGAACUGGCCUCCAUGCCCUAUGAAUCCUGGUUUUCAAGUAGAGCAGGUGCAGAAUGAAGUUCAUAUCACAUUAAAAUUCAAUACAAUUUCCAAUGUAUGCAGACAUGCUUAAGGAUGCUUAAUAACAAGAAUCUGGGGCUGGGAAAGCUCACAGUACUAUAACAAACGGUUAUUUAGGUGGAAAAAUAUUUUAAAAAGCACAAUACAGUAGCUGUUGGAAACUAAAAUAAAAUCAGAAAAUACAUUGAUUAUUUAGGUCAGGCAGUAUUUGAGGGGCAAGAGAGGGAGAAAACAGGCUUGGCAUUUCAGUCAAUUACUUUUUGGUAGAUGAAAAUAACUUAUUUUCUGAACAAAAAUCUCCCAAAAAUGGUAUCAUCGUUUUUCCUGUUUUUAUUUAUAUUUACACACUAGAGUUCACACUCUUUCUAUUUAUAUAUUAUAAUGGAACAAACACUUUUAUAGUGCAAGUUUGUUCUCAGCAGCACUAGCUAUUUCCUCACUAUUUGUGUAUAAGCAACUCUAUUGUACAUACAUCUUAAUUGGAUUUUUAACUAUUUAUAAAGUUACAGUUUAUGCUUAUUUUUAUGUCACCUCCCCAUCCCUUUUCAUCGCUUUAAAAUUGUACCAUAAGUGACCGUUGACUGCUAUUACACACUGACAUUUGGGUUUAUUCACUUGCUGAAGUGGCUUGAAAUUUCUUCCAUAUUAUAUCAUCCACCUAUUUUCCUUGACACUUUCUCUUUUAAAUAUCAUUCAUUCUCCACCGCUUCUGAAGCCUCAGCAGAAGUAGCAAUACCAUAUUCUAAAUUUUUCAUCUAUCACCAGAAGAUAGGUGCACAGAAUUUGAGGUGCAACAAAUUUGUUGUGCAUCUAUAGGAAUGUAGAUUUUAUUUCUUGCAAUUUCAUAUCUUGUCACGAAGUGUUCAAAUGGAAUGCGUAGGAGUCUUUGAUGUGCCAAGAUCCUGUACUUCUGAUUUCACAAUAUUCAUGAUGACGCUCAUGGUAGAGACAUCCUGUCUUAUCUGGAAAACUUCUCAUCUCAAUGUCCCAUUACAUAAUGUGAUGGAAUAUUCUUUUACAUAACUAUUCAUUUUAAUAUCCUUUAACACUGGGAAUACUGGCCGUGAAAUUCAUUUAGUGAUCUAUGCCUCUUGCCUCACGGCACAAAAUUUUGGCUUUGUGAACAAAACCGUGGAGAAAAUGGAAAAGCUGUUUUAAUUUAUUUCCUAUUCACUUGUUAGAAAGUUUUUAAUGUAUUGUUUACAUUUGGUUAACACUCAAUAUAUUUAUGGCUUGUAUUCAUUUCUUUAUGCAUUGGGAAGUCUUAACCUGGAUGAGAAUAUAAUCAUUAUAGUUUUGCAGCCAAGUAUAAUUACAGAAAACCAAAAAUAGACUAAAGUAACUAGGGACAAAAAAAGUGAUUUUCUUAAAACUUUAAAAAGAAAUUGAAUCUUUCAUACCUAUGCAGAGAAGCAAGGGAUUUGGGAGGAUUAGAGUCUGAAAGUUAUCUGCAAAUGUGAAUUUAUACAGGAUGCAUCCAAUUACACAAGUGCAAAACGGAUGGCAUAUGGGAACGUUUUCAUCUCCAAUGUUACUAUUCUUAAACACUUUUAAAAGAUUUUAAUCCCUGGUUCAUUUAUUUAAUCAACGAGAAACCAUAUCGCUUUUUAAAGAAAUUUCUUUGUGGUGUUCAUUCAAUGUCUUGAGGAAGAAAACAAAACCAUAGAACUUGGGGCAAAUUUAAAUGUAACACUAGUCGUGCUAAGUAUUCCAUUCUUCCAUUUAAGGAGAUUUUUGAUCAGUAAUGUGCCCGUGAAUAUUACGUUGUUUUAGGAGUGUUGUUGUAUUUCAAGUUCAGUACCUGUACACAGUAGUGCAGAGCUAGUGAACUAGAAUUCCAUCAACAUUCUCUGUUUACCCUGUGAUCAGCAUUAGCAACACUUUGGAGAGCUGUGUUGAAAGGCAAGUUAAAUUUUAAUGUUGACACAAAGCUGACAAAAUUGCUACUUGCUCUAGUUAUAUUUUAAAAAAAAAUCUCCCAGGUUGUUUAACUUGCACUGGUUGAAGUGAGGCUACUUACUGGAAGGGCUACAUUCAAUUAAGCACCUUCAUGUUGGAGUUGCUCCACAGAUUUUCUGUGGAACCAAUGAAACUGGUUUAUAUCAGUAUGAAGGUGCAACGUAAUUAACCUAUAAAAGGAGCUGAUGUAAAAUGUGUUCUCCUUGUCAUAUUCCCAGCAGUUGAUGUCUGAUGUUUUGCUUAUGAUUCAAAAGCAAAGUCUACAUUUGUUACAGUGAUGGCGCAGAUAAACUAGUGCACACCAUGAGAACCAUUGCAAAAGUAUCGGAAAUGUGGUUUCUAAUGAUAUUACAGAAUCACUUAAGACUUGUCUACAAAAUAUUUUGUACAUUUGUGUUCCAGUUCAAAUGUCACUGGAGAAUGAAGGACAGAUGACUGUACAUUAUUCUACUUUAAAUGGCUUUGAUUUCAAGUGUCGUGUUAAUGAAAAUAUUCCUUAGUUAAUAGUGUUUCAUCUGAAAGUUCAAAAUGAAUCUUCUCUCAUUUAUUAUUGAGUACAUAAAAUUACAACACAAAAGGGUCAGACUAAUUGAAGUGUUGGCCAAAAGCUAUGAUCAAUUCUCAAUGACUACAUUUGACCUUUAGUGGCAGAAUGAAUUUCAGGGACAUCUUGUAAUAUUGCUUUCUCCCUCAAUAUUCCUUUUUUGUUUACUAGUCUUUUUUCCCUAGGGGGAUGGUUAAAUUAUUGAUGUUUAUGAAUAUAAUGCAUAAUAUAUACAUCUGUAUAAUGAGAUGAAAUAUUGUUUAUGAAUAUUGGUACAUAAAAGUCAACACAUUUCCUUAUUCUCAAAAACAGCAGCUAGUAAAAUUAGUAUGUAAUGGCAAAUGUAUUUUUUUAAAAAAAAUGCCUUUGUAUGAAAGUUUUUUUUCUUUAAAUGUGAAGCAGGUUUUGUCCAUAAAGGUUCAUUGGAAGACAAAAA